AUGACGGGUGUAGACCCGGAGGUCGUGGAGCAUCAUCUCAAUAUCCCACCCGACGCUCGCCCAGUGAAGCAAAAGCCCCGGCGCCAGGCUCCUGACCGACAACGCGCCAUACAGGAAGAGGUGGACCGGCUCCUAGCAGCAGGCUUCAUAGAAGAGGCCAAAUAUCCUCAAUGGUUGUCCAAUGUAGUACUCGUGAAAAAACACAAUGGAAGCUGGAGGUUGUGCGUUGACUACACCAGCCUUAACAGUGCGUGCCCUAAAGACUGCUACCCCCUCCCGAAGAUCGACCAGCUGGUCGAUGCAACAGCUGGGCACGCACGCCUAUCUUUCAUGGAUGCCUAUUCAGGGUACAACCAUAUCAGGAUGGCGCCCGAGGACAUAGAGCAUACGGCUUUCCUCACCGAUCAAGGGGUGUACUUUUACAAGGUCAUGCCGUUCGGGUUAAAAAAUGCUGGGGCCACAUACCAGAGAACGGUGAACAAGAUGUUCGGCCAUCAGAUCGGGAGGAACAUGGAGGUCUACGUGGACGAUAUGAUCGUGAAAAGUCAAGAAGCCGAAACGCACCUUGCCUACCUGGCCGAGGCAUUCGCCACACUGCGCAAGUUCGGCAUGCGACUCAACCCCACAAAGUGUGCUUUCGGCGUCACUUCCGGGAAAUUCCUCGGGUUCAUCGUACACGAGAUGUUGAAUCUCGUAUUUUGA